AUGGAACGAGAUACACUUGCACUAUAUAACACUUUGGGGGUACGAAAGGCUGCUACUGAGGAAGAAAUUAAAAAGGCAUACAGACGUCUAGCCUUAAGAUAUCAUCCAGAUAAGAAUCCUAAUGCUGCUGACGAGUUUAAGUCAAUAAAUCAUGCAUAUGAAAUUCUCAGCGAUCCAAAAAAACGUUCAGUAUAUGACAAAUAUGGAGAAAUGGGAAUCCAGAUGUUGGACUCGGUGGCUGCUGACGAAACAGUGAAAUGGUCGGCAGGCAUUGUAUUUAUACCAUAUUUUAUCGUUGAAGCAACAUAUCUUUAUCAUAAUAUUAUUGAAUACCUCACCAUGUUACGAACAUCGAAAGUUUAUGAUGAAGAUGGAAAUCCUUCGCUUAAAGCAAAAUUAAGGCUUUUCUUGGAUAAAUUCUGGUGGUUUGGUAUACGCAUUGUUUUAGCCAUUUUAGUAGUGCUGAAAGUUGAUGGGACAAUUAAAGGCAGCUGGGGGGCGGUAUUCAUUCCUGUAUAUUUGGUGGGGAUUCGAUAUGGGUUGGGAAUAAUUAUGGAAUAUAUAGCGGCUCGUAGAACAGAACCAUUACAAAGUCGAGCAAAAAUGGACGUCAUUCUAAAAGCCGUUGGUUUCUUAAUAGUGGGGGCAUUAUUCUAUACAUUGGUGGGAUUAUUGGCGGCGAGAUUGGAUGGACACACAGGCAUAAAAAUAUCUUCGAUCUUAAUACCGGUAUUCAUAAUAUUAUCAAUAUUGUUUUGCUGCACUGGUUGCUGUUUACCUUGUGCACUGGUAAAUUGGAAUGUUGGUGAUGAUCUAGAAGGAACCACACAGCUCAUCCCAAUUUCUCCCAAUCGACGAAUUACUUAUCCUCUCGCAGGACCAAGUGAAAAUUCUACUACGAUGCCAGCAAGAACAGAGAAUCAAUAUGUCAAUCCUCAGGCGUAA